AUGCGUCAAGAGAAAAACGAGCGGUUUGCUCACUUUGUUCUCCGCAUAAGGCAACAGCUGGGAGAUUGCGGUUUGGAAAAGUAUAUGGCCGAUGUUCGAGAAGUACUGACGGAGAUAUACGUGAUUGAUGUGAUCGUGGAGGGCUGCGCCUCUGAAGAGCUUCGUCGUCGCAUUCUUCAGAAGGAUAUUACGCUAGCCGAAGUUGAAAGCAUGGGUGCCAUGAUGGAAGGAGUGGAACAGCAGGUGAACGACUUCACGUCCCUGAACGGUAAGGAACUACCAAGAGAUCUUCAGGUAGAAAAAGUGUUCAGAGUACAAACCCGAGGUCCGAUGAAGCGACCGCCAGGAGUGGCCAAUCAAAUGUUCAACCGUAGAAUGCAACCAAAUCGAGAUGUUACGUGCUUCAACUGUGGCACUAAAGGACACAUCGCUUCAUCAGUUGAGUGCAAAGCUCACAACCAAACAUGUCGCCGAUGCAAGCGGGUUAGACAUUUCGAGGCUGUGUGCAGGAAACGAUUCGCUCCAACGGAUACACCCUCCCACCUGAAGGCGAAAAAGGUGCGCUUGGUCGAAAAGGUCAACCAGGAGGAAAUAGACGUCUCUGCUCCGGACCAUCAAUCCGACUCGAAAGAAAAAUCUUAUUAUUGCUUUUACUUCGAAAACGAAUCAAAUAUCCUGGAAUGUACCAUCGGUGGCAUCUCACUAAACAUGCUCGUGGAUUCAGGCUCUGACGUUAAUUUGAUUCACGCGGCAGCUUGGGAGUCCCUGAAGCAGCAGAGGGUAACUGUGCAAGAAAUGGAAAAAGGAGCUCGUGAGAUAAUCAAAGGUUAUGGAAGUAAAACACCUUUGAAUGUGCUGGGAUCAUUCAAAGCGGAGGUUGCCAUCGGAAGUAAAAGUGUGAUCGCCAAGUUCUUCGUCGUGAAGGAAGGUGCAACGUUGAUCUUAGGCGAUACAACUGCCAAAGCGCUUGGAAUAUUGAAGAUUGGGGUCGAGGUCAAUCAUGUGAAGAAUGUUCCGUUCGGUAAAAUUAAGGAUGUGCAGGUACAAAUUCACAUGGACCCAACGUUCAAGCCUGUGUUCCAGCCUGUGCGACGUGUGCCACUCCCAUAUGAGUCAGCAGUGAACCAGAAACUUGAGCAACUUCUAGCUCAAGAUAUCAUUGAGGUGAACUGA